GUCCCGCCGCAGGGAGACGCAGUUGCUCCGAACAUGCUAUCGUUGUUGUCAAAAUUGUGAACUACUGAACAUACUGAAGAUAAAAUAAACAACAAAAUCUAUCGACAGUAAAUAGUGUGGCGGAACUGUGAUCGAGUUCUGGCUUGCUAUUGUUAAAGAGAAGAUAUGGUUGGAAGGACAUAACCUGAACGGAUCCAUUCACCCUGGAAAUGGAGAAGGCUCCAAAACAACACAUAAGUUCUGCCUGUAAUGGGACUACAAUCAGACAAGAGCCAGAGAAGGCUCCUAAACAACACCCGAGUUCUGCCAGUGAUGGGACUAAAAUCAGAAAAGAGCCAGAAAAUCCUCCAAAACAAUGCACAAAAUCUGCAUGUAAUGGGACUACAAACACUCCAAAGCCGGAGAAGGCUCCAAAAGAACACACAAGUUCUGCCAGGGAUGGGAGUACAAGCAGACCAGAGUCAGAAACGGAUCCAAACCAACAAACAAAUUCUGCCAGUGUUGGGACUGCAAUCAGACAAGAGCCAAGCAACUUUCCAGUCAGAGAACCGAUCACUGAUGCAGAGAGGGGACUUCCCGAAGACUGUUGCUGUAGUUUCUCCCUCAAGAAGGACUCCAUCAUCGAUGCUCUCAUGUGUCUGAGCUACUUCCCAGUCAAAAAACCUACCACUGUUGCGGAGGUGGUAGCCCUCAACGAUUGGUGCUGUGGACUGUCCCUCGAGACGGGCGCCAUGAUCGCUGGUGUCCUGUUUCUGGUAUGGAGCCUUGUGCAGAUAGCGGUAUCGUCACUCAUUUUGUUCGCGCUGGGCACCUAUUACCGUUUAUACAAGGCAGAAUCAGUUACUGACAUAGUGACGACUGCAUACUUUAUAUAUUACAUUAUCGAGGCUAUCUGUAACAUAAUUCUCCUCCAUGGAAUCGUCAAGGCAAGAACUGUCUUGUUUUUACCAUGGUUGAUUAUUAAAACCCUGGGGGACAUAGCAGUGAUCGUUAUAGCUGUUAUCGCAUGGUCUGCUGUUUUUUGGUACGAACCUCCUUCCGUGGGUAUCAGUAUAUUUUUUAUGUGCAUCAUCUACUUGUUGCCCAACGUACACUUCCUGCGAGUUGUCUACAGCUACUACUGGAUGCUCGAAAAGAACCCAGAGUCUGACAGGCUGGUACCUGAGAAUAUAUAGUUGUGAACUGAGAUGGUUACUUUUGCAGUUUGAAUCACCAUUACUUCCGUGAAACACUUAGCUGAUGAAAUUGCUUUGGACGUCUGUGAAUGUUAAAGAAAGAAUGGUUAUUACUAUUAGUAUUGGUUCUGACAGUGAAUCUAGAAUCCAUGUACUUCGUUUAUCGUUAAUGGUGUCUACACUUUAUAACUCAGACUACACUUACCGCUUCCAUUCUCAUAAACAGUGCAUUUCACAAAUAAUUCCAGAGACCAUUGAAUGUACAAGAAUUCAUUUUGCAGUGUUUUCCAUUGACUUUUGUGUAUAUAACCGUCAACUGUUGCAUCUAGUAAAGAAUAGUUAAGUAGUUGUUACUCAGUGUUGUCGGAAAAAACAUACUUAUUUAUUUUCAUUAUG